UUCUUCAGAACUGUGGGAAAAAAUGAACGGGCCUGCAGCUUCGAGCCUGCUCCUCAACUGCUCAAAUCAAUCAAAUUUCAGUUUGGAAACAUCAGAGCAAUGUGGCAAAGAGACACACCUAGAAAACAUGGUUUUUGCCACUUUCUACUUUCUGGACUUCAUCCUGGCUUUUGCUGGCAAUGCCCUGGCUCUUUGGCUUUUCAUCCGGGACCAAAAGUCAGGCACACCCGCCAACAUUUUCCUGAUGCAUCUUGCUGUGGCUGACCUGUUCUUUGUGCUGGUACUCCCCACCCGCCUGGUGUACCAUUUUUCUGGUAACCACUGGCCAUUUGGUGAGAUCCCAUGCAGACUCACUGGCUUCCUUUUUUACCUGAACAUGUAUGCCAGUAUCUACUUCCUGAUGUGCAUCAGUGUUGACCGUUUCCUGGCCAUCGUGCACCCGGUGAAGUCCAUCAAGCUCCGCAGGUCCCGCUAUGCCCACCUGACGUGUGUCUUUCUGUGGGUCAUCGUUGGGGUGGCCAUGGCACCUCUGCUGCUCAGUGUGCAGACUGUCCAGAUGAAAAACACAACUGUCUGCCUGCAGCUCUACAGAGAAAAGGCCUCACGCCACGCCCUCGUGUCCUUGGCAGUGGCAUUCACCUUCCCCUUUGUGACUACUGUGACUUGCUACUUACUCAUCAUCCAGAGCCUGAAGAGUGGGAACAGAGUUGAGAAACACCUGAAGGAAAAAGCUGUCAAAAUGAUCAUCAUGGUCCUGAUGAUCUUUCUAAUUUGCUUUGUACCUUACCACGUCAAUAGGUACAUUUAUAUUCUCCAUUACAACGGGACCAAAGCUUCCUGUGAAACGCAGCGUCUCCUGGCCCUCAGCAACCGCAUCACCUCCUGCCUCACCAGCCUCAACGGGGCCUUUGACCCCAUCAUGUAUUUUUUUGUAGCUGAGAAAUUCCGUGAGGCUUUGUGCAAUCUGUUUUGUAUCAAAAAGACCAUAACGUUGCCUCAAACAUACGAGGGCAAGACAAAUGAAAGCUCACUAAGUGCUAAAUCUGAACUGUGAACACGACUCUUGUCAGUGUCAGUGCUUCGUCUUAAGAACACUCUCUUCCACCAAAAUCAGCUGAGAGCACAAAUGUGCAGCAAGACAGUCCAACCAGAGUCAAACUCAUCCUGAGAAGGGAAGUUCUGUAGUUUUUAUGGGGCUGCCAUUAACAAGAACCCCUCGACCAUAGAGAACAUGUGUGUUUGUAUUGCUGAAACUGCAAACAGAAGGACAGUUCUUCCGGUUUCCAAGGAAUGAAACUGAGGGUUGAGCACUUAGGAAUAAGGAAGUGGACAGUGAGGGAAAUGGACCCAUGUAUUUAUUUUUUUUCAAAGAAUUGAGUUCCCAAAGCACUCUGCACCAAGCUUAUGGCCUUAUUUAAAAUUUUACAUUGUGCCAACACAGAGAUCCACACCUGAGAUAGACCUGUCUGAUGAAAAAACCUCCACAUUUGCACAUCUUGUCCAAGUUUCUGAAUUCAAAGUGUUUAUAUGUAAUAGAGAGAAAAUUGGUACUAAAUGGUGAUAAGAAAACAAAAAGAUCAGAAUGAAGCAAUAAACCCAGUCUGGACAGGAAUUAAGACAGAAAAGACUCCUAGCUUUAAGAUGG